UCGAGGAGCAACUCGUAGUUGUGAGAAUUAUUAAAAGUCCUGUAGAAAUGUUGCUAAAAUUUCUGACUGCCCUACUGUUGCUGAGUUUAAUGCAAUGUUUUGAAAAACAUACAGAUAUACCUUCUUAUCAAGAGAGAGCUGAGCAGUUAAUGAAAAAUACAGCCCUGAUUGAUGGACACAAUGACAUGCCAUGGCAGUUGAGGAAGAGAGUGCACAAUGACCUUUCUGCCAUAGAUCUUAAAACAUGGAAUGUUACCCACACCAAUAUUGAGAAGCUCCGGGCUGGUUUGGUUGGUGCUCAGUUUUGGGUUGCGUAUGUACCCUGUAAUGCACAGAACAAAGAUGCAGUCCGUCAUGCACUGGAACAAAUCGAUGUGAUAAAGAGAAUGGUACAGAUGUUCCCAGAAGAUUUUCAGCUAACAACAACAGCUGAUGGAAUCACAGAAGCGUUUCACAGUGGUAAAAUAGCCAGCCUUAUUGGUGUGGAAGGUGGACAUGGAAUUGACAACAGUCUUGGAGCUUUGCGCAUGUUCUAUGAACUUGGAGUCCGUUACCUGACAUUAACACACGUUUGUAAUACACCAUGGGCAGACUCAAGCAAAGUGGACGCUGGUAGCGUAAAGCCUGGUGUCAAUGGAUUAUCUGAUUUUGGUAAAAAAGUUGUAGAAGAAAUGAACCGUCUCGGAAUGCUGAUUGAUCUAUCUCAUGUCUCUAAAGAUACAAUGUUAGCUGCACUUGAAGUAUCAGCAGCUCCUGUCAUUUUCAGUCAUUCAUCUGCAUUUGCCAUAUGCCACAACUACCGUAAUGUGCAAGAUGAUGCUCUACGUAAGCUGGCAAACAAUUCAGGUAUUGUGAUGGUAAAUUUUUAUCCUAACUUUAUUUCUUGUAACGGAACUGCCACCUUAUCCCAAGUGGCAGACCAUCUUGACCACAUUCGAAAUGUUGCUGGUGCCGAUCACGUGGGCAUUGGCAGUGACUUCGAUGGAUUUGACAGGGGUCCUAUUGGUUUAGAAGACGUUUCAAAAUAUCCUGCAUUAAUUGCUGAACUUCUCCAGCGUAACUGGAGUGACAACGACAUUAAAAAGCUGCUCGGUUUAAACUUUCUCCGAGUUUUUAAAAAAGCUGAAGAAGUAAGCAGACAGCUUCAGAAAAUCAACAUGCCAUCAAAUUAUAUCAUUGAUCAGGAGAAGGUGCAACGUCCAUGCAGAACAUUUCUUGGCUACCCUUCUGCAGCUUUUCACCAUCCCUGAUUCAUAUUAUCAGCAUGGUCAAGCUCAUUAUUUCCUUAAGAGCAAUCAGAAGUUAAAGAAAUAAUCAGAAAGAUACAAUAUUAGAAGUAAAUUUAUAACAUUAAACAUAUAGAGCAACAGAAGUUCACAAAAGGACUAUCAUGACUGUACCUGAGGAAAUAAACUGCUGGGAAAAAAAACCUAUUCAAAUCUCUAAUACCAUAUCAUGGAAUCUCUACAGUGCAGAAACAGGCCAUUCAGCCCAUCAAGUCCAUACUGACUCUCAGUAGAGCAUCUCCACCCAGAUCUACUGCCUACCCUAUCCCUGUAACCCUACAUUUCCCAUGGCUAAUCCAUCUAGCCUGAACAUCUCUAGAGACUAUGCGUAAUUUAGCAUGGCCAAUCCACCUAUGUCUUAAAAAAAGAUUAUCUUGAGACAUUGGUGUAUAUACACAUGCUAUUAGUAUCAGUUGCUAUUCUUGCAAUGCAUAGCUUUGCUGCAAGACAUUGAUAAGUAGUCAGCUGUGCCUCAGCAUGUACCAAUCUUGCCUUUGAAUCACAAGACCCUGGGUUCAAGUUUCACUCAAGAACCUUAUGCAAAACUAUCCAGGCUGAUAACCCAGUACAUACUGAGGGAGUGCUGCAUUGGUGGAGGUUCCGCCAUUUAUGGAUAAGACGUUAAACUGUGGUUUUGUCUGCCUUUGAAGUUAGACAUAAAAGAUCCCAAAGACAUUAUUAUGUUUAUCCCAUGAUAAAAUUGCAAGAACAGAUUAUCUGAUUAAUAGAUAACAAGGUGUAGAGCUGGAGGAAUGCAGCAGGCAGCAGAGGAGCGGGAAAGCUGACGUUUCAGGUCCGGACCCUUCUUCAGAAAGUUACUACUUUCCACAAGUCCUGUUAAAGCUGAUUAGAGUUAUUAUCUUUCAUGGAUCACCAUUAUGCUAAAAAGACUUCCUAAUGUUUUCAGAGUGUCCUUACAUUUGGAGGGAUAGAUUCUAGCCUUUAUCUAUUCAGCUAACUUAGAGACCAGGGUCCAGAAAGUAAGCACCCACCUUCACUGGCUAGCAACCUGAAGCAUGCACAUGAGCCUUUCCUACACCUGCUAAAUCUGAGCAGUGGCAGAAUGAGAUCCCGAAGCAGGCAUUUAUUGCCAACUGAUGACUUCAAUUGGGGCCACCCACACAAUACUUGCUUGCUGUUGAUAGCACAACGCCUUAUUUAUAGUAUCACUACUUCCCUAAUUCCUGUCCAUGGGUGGUCCAUAAAAUCAAGCCCAUGGAAAAAGUUGUGGCUUUAUUUGUUUUCUUUCUAUCUCUAGAAGUGCUCUUAGGCAUUAUUUUUCUGAUCACCAAAUCACCCGUGGUAAAGCAGUGGUUUUAUUUUAUGUAUCCAAGGAAUGCUUUUAUUUUCCCCACAUUGAACAGUAAAGAAUCAGAACAAUUCUGUGACAUUUAACGGUUUAAUAAUAUUGCCAGUUAAGCUGCUGGAAGAGUCAACUGUUAAAGCUGCAGUGAGGGCACUAGUUGAACAACAGAACAAACGAAAUGGCAGCAAAUUACUGCAGAUGCUGGAAUCUGUACUGAAAACAACAAAUGCUGGAGAUUAGUGUUUCAAAACUGAUGAGGUUGGAAUGCAGAAAGGCACUUUGGGGAAAUCAUCCAAUUAACAGGCUGAGCUUACAAUUCUCUCUGCAAAGCACAACUCAGCAUUUCCUUCCAAAUUUGAAUCACAAGAUCUGCAAUGAAAAAGAAAAAUGGCUGCCACCACACCAACAGCAGACUGAAUACUUUUUGUUUGAGGGAAUCAGCCCGCUGAAUAAUGAGAGGUUCCUCAAGGGGCAAGUGUAUUAAUCAGGCACUUACACAAUACAGAUUAAAGACAUUUGUAAUCACGGAAUUCUGCAUGCCUAUCUCUUGUAGUGACCAAUCGUGUCAAUUACAAAUCUUGGACACAAGCAAUUUUGACCAUGGCAUUGAUCAUUACAAAUUAAUCCUAGCAACUUCAGUGAAGCAGAAGUAUUCUCAGGUGAUCUAUAAACUGUUAUCUACAUUUACAAUUAAUAAACAUAUUCCAAGAUCUCAC